AUUUCGGGUCGCAAAAGUGUCUCUCAAAAACACAAAAUAGUGUAAUGAUACACACUCCUGUGCUCACGAGAAAGCAUCUGGCUACUAUUUCUAUUGUGACUAACUGCAAUACUCUUGUGUAGGCUUGAAAAAGCUGCCUUUAAAGUCGAAGAUUCCUUCCUUCCGAUGUCUCUAAUGCAGCUUUACAAAGAGCAACUGGCAUCUCACGAAAUCCGUAUCCUUACCAUACAGCCUAACAUAUUCUCAUCGCCAAUACAAUGCUCGCUUGCGACGGUGACACUCGACAAGAAGCCUUGUUAUGGUGCACUAUCAUAUGUAUGGGGGAGUCCAGAAACAACUGGCGAGAUUGUCGUCGACUUAGUACAAGUUGCAGUGACUGCCAACUUAGCAAGCGCUCUUCGCCAUUUGCGUCAUACAGUCGAUUCGAUCGUGCUUUGGAUCGAUGCCAUCUGCAUUAAUCAGGGAGACAACAAGGAACGUAGCGCCCAAGUAAAAAUGAUGGGCCGUAUAUAUAGCAACGCAGCGACGGUGUUCCUAUGGAUCGGCGAAGCCGACGAGAACAGCGACGUAGCCUUCGAGUCUAUGCCCGCCAUUGCGGCUGGUGGGGAAGGUCAUAACAAAGCCACGGAUGCAACGUUCGGCUUUUAUUCGUCUUUGGAUGGCCGUCCAUGGUUCAGCAGGGUAUGGAUCCUGCAAGAAAUGGCUUUGGCAACAGAAGACCCGAUCGUUGCUUGUGGCGGCAAACGUGCAUCUUGGUCACUAUUUAUAUCGGCGUGGACAGUCCUGGCUACGCGCUUGUUUUCGGAGAUUGGCAUGGUCCGUCCUAAGCCUAGUGAUAGUGGGCGAGGCGAAGAACGUGAGCAAGUGGUCGAGGUUUUGGCCAAGUUGAAGAUUGAUGUUUUGAACGACAUGCGAAAUGCUGUUCGCAAAGGAACUGGUGAGAGCUUGCGGGAGCUUCUAUUGACUUCGAGAUCGUCUGAGUCAACGGACCCGCGCGAUAAGAUCUACGCGCUUCUUGGCAUGCUUCGUAGCGAAGACAGGGACUCAUACUUUGUGAUUGAUUAUCAAAAGCCCGUCGCAACGGUGUAUGCAGAAGCCGUGGCACACCUAUUCGCCAAAGGCGAUGGACCCUCCUUUUUGUCUGGCAUGUGGUUAUCAGGCCUUGAGCCUAAAAUUCCAGGGCUUCCCUCGUGGGCGCUCGACUUCUCUGCUCAGUCUGCUGAGGUAGCCAUUGAUAUUUCUUGCAUCGACUUUAAUCCGCCCUCUCCACAGAGUGUGUCCGGACCGGGCGCAGGAGCCAUCAACGGAGUUGCACAAGACGAUGUCAGGACAUUGAAGGUAGAAGCUUUGCCCGUAGAUUUGGUUGAUGAGGUUAUCUGCCUCGAUAAGGACUUCGCGCGAUGCCUGACCCAGCUUACGGAUAUCAACCAGCUUGCCGCGAAAGCGCGAACUAGGUGUUCCGCGGACGAGGGCCUAGACCAGGUUAUUGGUGAAUUAGCUGGGUCGGAACCGCUCUGGCGCAUUCUAAUCUCGAACAAGGCCUGGCAUUCAGGUUAUGACGUUGCUCCAGACGAGUAUGCAGCAAUGUACGACGAGCUUUUGACACACUGCUUCCAAGCCUACGGACAGGAUCCAGAGCCAGAAACUGUCCAAACUCCGACGAAUGAAUACCUCAGAUGCCUACGUGACAAACUCCCUGGCCGUGCCUUUUUCACGACCACAAAAGGUUUUAUAGGCCUUAGUACACCUGUGAUCCGACCCGGCGAUGAAAUAACAAUCUGGUUUGGCGCGACUAUACCUUUCGUCGUGCGACCAAUUCCUCGAACUCAGGAAUUCUAUCAACUCGUGAGUGGGGCCUAUGUAGGCGGUAUCAUGAAUGGUAAAAUGGUAGAUCAAGUUUACUGCGAAGACCUGCUCGACUCGAAGACGUUAUUCAUCAAAUAGUGAUGAUUCGAUCUAUUUUACGAGGCUGAGAAGAUUGAGUCUACAAUUAUUCGAGCCUGUUGAUGUUAUGUAUGGUUGGCAAUCGUGGGCGCAAUGCGACUUAUCCAUACAGUGCACCUGCGCACGCCCUCCUCGCAAAACCUAGAGUGUAUAUAGUUCCACUCGUCUUACUGUCAUGAUAUAAAUGAUCAUGGAGUUGAAUACAUACUUGUAGUACCAGCCAGGUGUGCAACGGCAAGUAAGAGAGAAUACUGCGGACCCAAUCUCGGCCGUAAAGCUGGAAACAGACACAUAAGGCCAUGAGGAUGAUAUGAUUCACCCAGAUUGAAAAGGAAUUGAAU